GAGAAUGCUAGAAACGGCGCUUUCCAUGGUGGGUGAUAAGCCCUAUUCUUACCGAGAAGGGCAAAAUCUGCACUCCACAUAACGGAGGUUGACCGAAAGUCGGAGAUAGGACUGGUUGGCUACGCUUAAUUUGCUUAAUUCUGAGGCAGGAACGCCCCAUCCCCGGACUGAAUCAGUGGCGCUAGUGGUGACCGGUGCUCGACUCGAGUAUCUUCCCCGAGCAUUCUCCAUCCGUUCUCAUGCCUUGUUGCCUUGCGUCACGUGCCUCACGUGGGUGCACGUGCCAGUUGGCCUAGUCGGCCUCAGGCUCUCAGGCUCAGGCUUUUCGCCGGUCGGUCCCGUGACUUUUCCCCGGUUGCAUCAUCAAAACACCAUUCUUAAGAGCGAUCUUCUACUUCAUACUCUGCUCUCAUGGCUUCUUACAUACAAAAUGCCGAAUUGGCUCCCCAAUUCAAGAAGCUCUCCCUCUCCGUCGACGGCGUUGACCUAUCCGUCGCCGUCGUGCACGCCCCUGGGGAUCCCGAACUAGCACCCAUAGUGUGUCUGCAUGGCUUUGGUUCGACAAAGGAAGACUACUACGACUUCGCCCACCACUCCCCCUUUCAGAACCGUUCUUUCCUGGCCUACGAUGCCCCAGGUUGCGGAGAGACCGAGUGCUCCGAUCUCUCACGCAUCUCGGUGCCUUUCCUAGUCCGCACCGCCGAAGCCGUUCUCGACCGCGUGGGAAUCACCUUGUUCCACCUGAUUGGCCAUUCCAUGGGUGGAUUGACGGCGCUGUAUCUCGCGCAUAAGCAUCCGGACCGCGUACGGAGCUUCGUGGAUAUCGAGGGUAACCUAGCACCGGAGGACUGCUUCCUCAGUCGACAGGUUGUCACGCACGACGAUCCGCAGCUGCACCCCGAAAAAUUCUUCCACGACUUUAUCGACCGAACCCGGCGUUCCCCUGCGUUUUCGAAUGCGUUGUAUGCGUCGAGUCUGCGGCACAAGGUACGCCCCGGGGCGGUGCGGGGUAUCUUUAGCUCCAUGGUCAAAUUGUCGGACGAGGAGGACCUGAUGGGGAUAUUUCUGGGUCUACCGUUCCCGCGCAUGGUCAUGUAUGGGGAAUUGAACAACGGCUUGUCUUAUUUGCCGCAUCUGGAAGAGAACGGGGUAGAGCUGGCCGAGAUCCCAUACAGUGGGCACUUCCCCAUGUACUCCAAUCCCCCGGAGAUGUAUAGACGCAUUGCGGAGUUUCUACCGGGGUGUUAGCCGGUAUGAUGUACUACUACUACUCCAUAGAUUAGACUGUAUAUAACCGAUUCAGCCGUCGGGUAAAUUCACCAAUAAAAAAAGGCAACUCGGAGGAGAUUGCCCCGAUGAUAUCAGUUCCCAAAACAGUAACAUUGUUUCUAGGGAUUCCC